AUGAGUCUCAGUACUACUCUUCCGACUAUAAAUGAUGCAUUAGCAUUAUUUAAUCAAUCUCCAGUUGAUGCCAAAAGAAGAACCUGUGAAACCUAUUCGGACGCUGAUGAAAUCAUAAACAGUUUGAGAGAUAAGUUUAACGAUGAUACUACGAGUAGAUCCACAUGCGUCCGAAUUUUAACUCUACUACCAUCAAGUUGGAGUGUCCAUAAAGUUAUGGAAGUGAUGGCUUCAAGCAAACAUAUGGUGUGA